AUGAAGUUCUCAAUUUGUAAGCAACUGAAUCGCAAAACACGAGGCUUCCACAAAAAACCAAAUUUUACACCCACCAAUCAAGGAUUAGAUGUGCCAGCAGUUAACGUCAAUGGAAAGAGUAAGAAAAGAGGUCUUGAAGUUUUAGUGGGUUCACCAAAAUCAAAAUUGAACAUCGUCAUUCAACAUAAAAAGAGGGCCACCUGUGGAAAAUCUAAGGCCUUUUCUCAGCCAAUAGGGGUACACCCAAAUAGCAGCAACAUGCUUAGUAAUGUGAGGUUCACCACAACCAGGGAAACUGUCACCUCAAACCAGACUAUCGCAAAUAAAGUACCAACUGAUGAAGCUCUUAAACAAAUGCAGACCCCAAGUACCAUGCCCCGAAAUAGAAGAUCAAUCUUUUGGUACUUUCUUGUAAGGUAA